AUGAGUACCUCUUCCAAUCGUUCCGUGGACGACAAGAAGAACUAUGUGCUGUCGAAUGAGCAACCCGUAGACGGUACGGAGUACACGUCAGCGCACGACGAAAACGUCGAAAAAUCGUCAGGGUCCAAAUGGCAGGAUUUCAAGGACGGGUUCAAGCGCAUGGAACUCGAAGAGUUGGACCCCAAUUUAACCGAGGCCGAGAAAAUCGCGAUCGCGACCGCGCGUUCGCCGCUCCAAAGACACCUGAAGUCCAGACAUUUGCAAAUGAUCGCCAUCGGUGGUGCCAUCGGUACGGGUCUUUUCGUCGGAUCCGGUACCGCGCUUAGAACCGGUGGCCCCGCCGGUAUCCUGAUCGGCUGGGGUCUCACCGGUACCAUGAUCUACUGUAUGGUCAUGGCCAUGGGUGAGCUGGCCGUGUGUUUCCCCGUCUCCGGUGGUUUCACCACCUACGCUACCCGUUUUAUCGACGAGUCCUUCGGUUUCGCCAACAACUUCAACUACAUGCUUCAGUGGCUUGUCGUGCUGCCGCUGGAAAUCGUCGCUGCGUCCAUCACCGUUAAUUACUGGGGUACACCUUCCAAAUACCGGGACGGGUUUGUCGCGCUGUUCUACCUCGUUAUUGUGAUCAUCAACCUUUUCGGUGUCAAGGGUUACGGUGAGGCCGAAUUCGUGUUCUCGUUCAUCAAGGUCAUCACCAUCAUCGGUUUCAUCAUCCUCGGUAUCAUUUUGGUCUGCGGUGGUGGCCCUACCGGUGGCUACCUCGGCGGCACAUACUUCCACCACCCGGGUCCUCUCGUCGGAGACACCAUGGGCGCCAGAUUUAAAGGUGUGUGUUCCGUGUUUGUCACCGCCGCUUUCUCUUUCGCGGGUUCCGAACUGGUUGGUUUGGCCAGUGCUGAAACUGAAAACCCCAGAAAGGCUCUGCCUCGCGCUGCCAAACAGGUCUUCUGGAGAAUCACCCUGUUCUACAUCAUCUGCUUGUUGUUGAUCGGCUUGUUGGUUCCCUACACCGACCCAAGACUUGUCGGUGCGUCCUCCGUCGAUGCCGCUGCCUCUCCUUUCGUUUUGGCUCUAAGAAAUCAUCACAUCAAGGGUUUGCCAAGUGUUGUCAACGUUGUCAUCUUGAUCGCUGUGCUUUCCGUCGGUAAUUCCGCUGUCUUUGCCUGCUCCAGAACCUUGACUGCUCUUGCUGAGCAAGGUUUCUUGCCUAAGAUUUUCGCCUACAUCGACAGAAAGGGUAGACCUCUGGUAGGUAUUGCCGCGACGUCCAUCUUCGGUCUCUUGUGUUUCAUUGCUGCAUCCUCCCACGAAGGCGAUGUCUUCAACUGGUUACUGGCCUUGUCUGGUUUGUCCUCUUUGUUCACCUGGGGUGCUAUCUGUCUCUGCCACUUGAGAUUCAGAAGAGCUUUAUCCGCCCAGGGCAGAUCCACCGAUGAGCUUCCUUUCGUUUCUCCAGCUGGUGUCUGGGGAUCAUACUAUGGUUUCGGAUUGAUUAUACUGAUCUUGAUUGCUCAGUUCUGGGUGGCUUUGUUCCCACCAGGAUCCCCUCCAGGCGCUGAGGCGUUCUUCGAGGCCUAUCUAUCUUUGCCUGUGGUCAUGGCUUUCUACGUUUUCCACAAGGUUUGGAAGAGAAACUGGAAGCUAUUUAUCAGAGCUAAGGACAUUGAUAUCGACACUGGUAGAAGAGAGGUCGACAUUGAAGCUUUGAAAAUCGAAAUUGCUGAGCAAAAAGCCAUUUUGGCUAGCAAGCCAUGGUGGUACAGAACCUACCGUUUCUGGUGCUGA